AUAAUUUUACCAAACCACCCUGUGAUAAAGAUCCAUCCAGUAUGCCUUAUUUAGGUCACUUAUCAACAGUGCCACCUGUAGAACUAGAACCAGAGUUCUCCCCCUUUCUAACUGACUAUACGGCCACUGUGGGUUAUAAUACAUUGUUGAUGAAGGUCAUGGCCUUUGCUAAAAGUUGUUCAUCCCAGGCUAGGCUGGAAGACAAACAAGGAGAUAGUGGAGUUGUGGAAUACACUUUAUUACCACUCAAUAUUAUGGUGUCUGUCUGCAUUAUUCAUUAUGAUGUCUGCAUUAUUCGUGAUGAUGUCUGCAUUAUUCGUGAUGAUGUCUGCAUUAUUCGUUAUGAUGUCUGCAUUAUUCGUGAUGUCCACAUUAUUCGUGAUGUCCACAUUAUUUGUGAUGAUGUCUGCAUUAUUUGUGAUGAUGUCUGCAUUAUUCGUGAUGAUGUCUGCAUUAUUCAUGAUGAUGUCUGCAUUAUUCGUUAUGUCCACAUUAUUCGUGAUGUCCACAUUAUUUGUGAUGAUGUCUGCAUUAUUUGUGAUGAUGUCUGCAUUAUUCGUGAUGAUGUCUGCAUUAUUCGUGAUGAUGUCUGCAUUAUUCGUGAUGUCCACAUUAUUCGUGAUGUCCACAUUAUUCGUGAUGUCCACAUUAUUUGUGAUGAUGUCUGCAUUAUUUGUGAUGAUGUCUGCAUUAUUCGUGAUGAUGUCUGCAUUAUUCAUGAUGAUGUCUGCAUUAUUCGUUAUGUCCACAUUAUUCGUGAUGUCCACAUUAUUUGUGAUGAUGUCUGCAUUAUUUGUGAUGAUGUCUGCAUUAUUCGUGAUGAUGUCUGCAUUAUUCGUGAUGAUGUCUGCAUUAUUCGUGAUGUCCACAUUAUUCGUGAUGUCCACAUUAUUCGUGAUGUCCACAUUAUUUGUGAUGAUGUCUGCAUUAUUUGUGAUGAUGUCUGCAUUAUUCGUGAUGAUGUCUGCAUUAUUCGUGAUGUCCACAUUAUUCGUGAUGUACACAUUAUUUGUGAUGAUGUCUGCAUUAUUCGUGAUGAUGUCUGCAUUAUUCGUGAUGAAAUUGUCCGCAUUAUUCAUUAUGCUGUGCACUGUGUACAGUGA